AUGAGGAAAACAGUCGACUUGACGAAACUGAGGCAGUUCCCGUACCAAUCGCGGACCGCAGGAGCGCUUCCAGAGAAUAAUAUCGUGGAAGGUUCUAUCCAAUUGCUUCUGACAGGGCUUCUGAAUUCUUUACACUACGUCGCCGUCGCGCCGUAUCGACGCCUUCCCGAAUAUGCCGUAGUACAAUCUUAUGAAACAAGAAACGAACAUCACAAAUACUUUGCCAAUAUCACUGAGAUUCCCUUCCACGUCUUAAUUGUGUACAGCAAUCUUUAUUGUUCCGGUACCCUGGUGGCGAGUAAGGUUGUGAUGACGGUCGCCAGCUGCCUCAUUCCUGACAGAUUCAAAAGACCAGUUGUCAAACUCGGUGUUGAUAGCAUCACUGGACAUGGACAAAUAAUACCAGUUAUCGAAAUAAAGAUCCACGAGUAUUAUAAAUACAUGACGCAGAUAGACAACGACAUCGCCUUGUUAAUGUUGAAGGAAAAUGUCGAUUUCAGCCCUCGUGUAAAAAAGGCUGUGCUUAUGGAAGGUGAUAAAGCUUUACGAACUGAUAUCACCAUCGAAGUGUCAGGCUGGGGCCACACUAACUUGCCUCAGACAUACCUGAACGAGUUGAUAUGGACACAAAUGGUUGUUAUAGAAAAAACCGAAUGUGCAAAGUACUAUAAACACCUUUUAUCCCCAUCAAAUUUCUGUGCCAAAUAUCCAGCGAACCGUCGUUUAAGCGACAAUGGAGGGCCGGCCGUUUUUGAGAAAAAAGUGGUCGUCGGGAUGCUAUCCUACGGUGGCACCAGUGCUGUGGAGCCACACAUCGCCAUCUUAAGCAAUAUCUCCUACUUCAGCAGAUGGAUAAUAACGAAUACGAAAAAGUUAUUAGAAAAGUAUUGCGUCGUUAAAGAGGAUAAUUCUACUCAUGUAUACGACGAAUACUCUGAGGAGGAUUAA